GUUUGGGAAGCGUUUCAGGAGCCUGGGCUCCGCUGGCUGACUGUCAGUUAAAGGAUCUGUUGGAACUCUGAGUGGAAGCUGACUUUACUUUGUGCUCCAAACUCCAAACACGCUGGUGUGUUUACAGCAGGAUCCGGAAGUCGAGGAACUUGUUCUGCGUGUCGAGUUAUUGAUGCUAACUAGAACGCUAGCUGCGGUCUGGAAAACGAACAAUGGCUAUCAUCGCCAAAAGUAUGAGGACUGAAGCAGGCUGUUUCUGGAGACGAAAACUCUGAAGCAGUAACGUUAAUGCUCGUAUGCAGCCGUCGUUAAGCUGGAGACUCGGUCAGUUCAACCGACCAGACUGCUUAGUGAGCAUAUCCGUAAUGUUGAGGUAUUGAAACAAAUUUUGCCAGGUGAAACUAAAUACAUGUGGACAAGUCAAUUGAUGUACAAACGCGGUAAGGUCAACUAGGCCAUUGCAAGGAAUGUCUUCUGUCCGUUGAACUGGCCUCACACACCUUCAGGUGUGUCCCAGGCCUGAGGACGUCAUUUUCCCUGGCCGAAACCUUGUGAACAAGUAGAACAGAUUCCUAGCUGCAUUGGCAGUGCAUGCAUACUUUUUCUAUGUGCUCACAGAACCGUGCUGUCCCCUGACACAAGAAGAGCAGAGAACUGAGCAGCUGCAGGCUUUUCUACAACUCCAACAAGCUCACUGAGAAAGGAUGACAGCUGUGGUAGGUAGAGCACUGGGCUGGGUGUGUUCAUGGGGCAGAAGUGCUGCGUCAGACAAUACUUCAGUAGCCAAGGGCCAGGAGCAUGGCUGGGGCAGCCAGAGCCACAGGGGAUGGACCUCUUGGCUCUGGGAUGGGUGGAGACGUCAAAGUGACCAAAGUUCUCCAGUCGAGGAGUAUUGGGAGGCCCAGGAGAGGGUUCCGACCUUGGAAAUGCAAGAUCUCUGUGCAGGGAAGCAGAAGACUGUGGUAGAUGCAGGACAAGUUUCUAGAUGGUGGUAUAAAUAUCUCCCAACUUAUAUUUUGUGGCCAAGAAAAUCAGAGCCAAGCACACUAAGCCAAAGGAAACAUGAUGGUCUGAGUCAAGGUGCAUGGGAUCAUGAUGUUGAUGGGGACUUUUCCGACUACAUAACACCACCUCCGUCUCCUACACCUCCUUCCUCUCGGCUGACAUCACCUUUUCGACUCUUUGCGGACAGCUGGAAGGUGGAAAUCCUUCCGGAGCACUACGAGAUCAGUUUCAACUUCCUCCGCCACUUGUUUGACCUCUUAGUCGUUGGCUUCCUGUGGACUGUGUCUCCGCCCGCAAAGCUGAUCCUGGAGGUGUUGGGAGUGCAGGGAGCACUGCGGCUGUGGUUUCAUGGUAUGGCCAUGUUUUUUGUCUCCACAGUUGGAAUGGCAGGAUUACUCUGGUUGAUCCAGGAGUAUCUCUACCAGUUUGCUUUGAUCUAUGGCAUCAUACAGGCAAUGGUGAUCUCUGUCAGUGUUCGACAGAGUGUGAUAACCAGCGUGGACGUAGAAGAAGAAGAUGAAAAGGAGGAGGAAAAGGAGACAAACGAAAUGACAGAUUGUAAGAAGCAUACAGAAAAACUUGUGUCCGUUGAGGACAAGGUGAAGACGAGCUAAACUCAUGAUGCUGAAGUGUCUGUCUAUUCAGCUGUAAUAGACCUGGUCCGGGUGUCUGACAUCACAGAGGUUGGACCACACGGACUGAUUCACUUCACUACCGGGUUCUGCAGUGACUUGCUAACUGUAUUGCACAUUCAUUACAAAGUCUUAUGUCACUUUAUGUUCAAAGAUAUUGGUCUGAAUUUUAUACAUGUCUGUCCUCAUGUGAUAACAUUGUAAUCCCAGAAUGUUGACAUUGAAAGCCAUAGAAAGGUCUAAUAUCUCUUAAAGUAUUUUACUACUAUAAUUAAAUUCAGAAAUAAGUGGGUCCACAAAUGUUCAACAAAUCCUUGCUAUAAAAAAGAUUUCCUGUAUUAAGGGAAUGCUGCAGUUUACCCCGUGUACUACCUGUGCUGUGGGGCUAAUUAAGUUGUGAUACAAUAUAAGACAAUCACCUGAUUUAGGACCUUUGAUGCAUUCUGGGCGAGAGAAGAUAAACCAGAAACAACCAAAUUCACAGCCUGUGUGAAAUUCACAGCAACAAAAAAUGUGGCUUCUCGAAAUAUAGUAAAAAAGUGUUUAGGGACAGAGAAGUCUUUAUGCUUGUGAGGAUUCAGCAGAAGCUCAGAAGUUCAAACAGCUUUUACUACAACCAGAAAAGAAUAUCAAAGUGACUCUGAAGGUCAGGUCACAAGACUCUGAAUGUUCCCUGAGUGAACAGAAUUGUAACCAUCACCACAGCAAAAAAGGGAACUUCUCCCACACAGACUCUUGUGCUCACUCUGUGUGGUGAAAUGUAGAUCCGAUGAUUCACCUUUUGGACUGCAAACUAUAAUAUCCCCCCUACACAGUUUACAUUCUGUUAUUCUGCUUGAUAUUGAUUAACCCCAUCAGACCUGUGAGAGCACAUUCCUUUUCAGGGUUGUUAUGUCAAAGGGCUGAUGUAAAUGUACCAGGAGAAUGGAUGAACAAGUAGCAACCACCACUACUGACCUGCAUGUUCAGACAUGUCAGUCAAGCACACACACACACAAGGUGAUACUUUAUUAAAGCCAUAAGAUCUAUUUUGCUCAGCAUUAACCUCAAAUUUUGGUCUUUAAAACUAAAUGAAUGAGUAUCUUAAGACGGACACAUUGGAUGAAAUUCAGUGUUUUUUUGUUUUUUUAUAGCAGCCAUGGAGGAAUUGGCUCCAGUUCUCAGCUUUGACAGUUGCUGUUUGUUCAUUUCCACUACUCAAACUGUUUUGUACUAUAUAUAUUUUGACACAUUGAAUUUAAGAUUAUGACAGCCCUGUGUGACCUGUGGAAAAACAUAACCACAUACACUAUGUUUCACACCACAGUGAGAAUCUAUUUAUCUAAUUCCUCUCAAAGAACAUAACACUAUUAAUGUUGCUUGUUGUAGGAGGAACACUAUCUGCGUAGAGUUUUUAAGAAUGGACAUACAAUACCAGCGGCACAUAUUCAUGUGUUCUCUGUAUACACUUGUAAUUGCCUUAUGACAUUUUCUGUGCAGUGAUAUUGUUUGUGUGUAACACUGAGAAUGUAAUGCUAGAAGUUUUUUUCUUGUCAUGCUUUCAAUUCAAAGGCAUAACAAUGUAGAGCCCAGCACUGUAAUAUUUUUAAACUGCACAGAUUCAUGUUUUGCACACACGCUCCUGUUGUAUGCAACUUCAUUUGACCGUCAUCAGAUAUUCUUUUUAUAGCAUGCACAGUUUUGGUUACCAUUGGUUACCAUUGGUUACCAUUAUAACGACGAUAUUGAAAUGAACAUUUCAUGUGAUUGUUCAUUUGUGUGCACAGUGUAUGAAAAUGUUUGAAUUUAAAAUUCAUAACUAUAGCUAAAAUGAAAAACUUGCUUGUAAGUUAUUUGUCGCAAUACUGAGUUGAACCUGAAUGUGAACGGAUCGUGUCAUUUUCAUAUCUUCUACCUAAAUUAGAAAAUCUUAAUACAAAGUAAACAGAAUUUUGAGCUCAAAACAUUAAUUGGUUGACAAAAUAUAUUAUGAAACUAUGCUGACCAUUUACUAAGUUUGUUUUUGUUUUUCCUCAGUUCCUUUAUCUUGUGUGGAAAUAAAUUAACUUUGUUUUGCUUUUGACUUGUUACUAUAUCAAAACUUAAAGGUGACACCUUGUGCUUGACAAUCAUGGAGGUAAUUUUUUCUCUUUUUGCUAAUUUCAUAGACUAGUAUGAAAGUACUAUUGAAAAAUUGAAAAUAAAUGUUAUGUCUUUACCAUUGAAACUUUAAUAACAGCUUCAUGACAGCUAACAUUUACAGAUUUUAUAAGAGACUUGAACGUACAGUCCCUUUGAAGUAAAAACACUGUUCAGUGAGCAGUGUUCUUUUCAAGUGUAGAUUGCCCAUAUUCUUCAUCUUUAAAAAUUCUCAUUUGAAGACUUAAAUUAAGAUAAAAUUGUGUAUGCACAAAUGGAAAAUUUAUUUUUAAUUGGAGUACAAAGUUUUGUGUUGAUAUGCGUAGGUGCAGUCUUAGAAAUAGAAAGAUUGUCAUCUAAUCUUGGGCUUUUCUGUAUUGCGCCAAAAUGUCUAUUAACAGUUUUAGUCCUGAAAAGGUCACAGUGUCUUCAGCUUUUUAUUGACUUUUAUUUAUUGCUUGCUUGUAUAGAUCUUUUAUGAUAUUCACGGUGAGAAUCCCCUGUAAGUAAAAAGGUAUUUUUCUGUGAGGAGCCAGCUCACCUUAUAAAUGCUGAAUAAAUGUAGCUUAGUAAACUCAGACCUGUGGAGGGAGGACCACACCAAUGUCUAUGUUGUAAUUUUAACACAUAAAAGAAGGUUCUGUUGUGACCUAGAACAUGUCAUUUAUCAACCCAACAUGACGCUUGCUAUAUAAAACUGAUGUUCUUUCAUUGGA